GCAGUCUGUCAAACUGGUUGGAGACACAGAUUGGAGUAAGACAUGUGGAGAAAAAAAGGCAAACAAAAAAGGAAACAGAUAGACGAAGACUGUCCAGCUGCACGCCACUGUUUCUUGGUGUAAAGUACCAAACAGAACGAUGCCAGUUUUUUGGCCAUUGUCUGUUCUGUAUGAGAAAAGACAUGCGCCAACACCUGUAAACACCUUUAUAAUUAGAUGCUUGAAAAGAAAAUGUGCAGGAUUUGAAACUCUUGAUAUGCAGAUUGGGUCUCCUGCACUGAAAUAAAAAAAAAAAAAAAAAAUGAUGAAAACAGAGGCAUCAGGAGAAAGAUCAACCCUUCGAAGUGCCUCUCCUCACCGGAAUGCGUACAAGACUGAAUUUCAGGCACUCAAAAGCACAUUUGACCAGCCCAGAAUCGAUGGAGAGCAAAAACCAAAGGCAGGAACUCAGAACACUCAGCAGACUAGAGGGAGAAGAUAUGGCUCCAAUGUCAACAGGAUCAAGAAUAUAUUUAUGCAAAUGGAAUCAGGACCAAAUGAGAUUACUCGGACGACAUCUAAAGCGAAGGGAAAAAUAGGAACUUCUCAAAAGAUACAAAAACCGAAAGAGUUUGUGGAUAAAGUGGAUGUUGUAAAAGUGGUAACCACAGUUGGCAAUCAGGUUAGCAAGUCUGACACUCGUCGGGAUGGACCCUGUCACUCCAGAUUCUCUGAAACGCGGAAGAUGUUUGAGCAGACCAUCCGUACAACAUCUGAAUACCAUACUUUAAACAAGGACAGAAAAGGUUCUCAGGAGUGUUUGGAUGACUGGAGGGUAUCCCGUUCUAACAGAAGCAGCACAGAUUCUCUGGACAGCUUGUGUUCAAGGACAGAUGCUUCUUCUCCAACAGUAAGCCAGCUCAGCGCAGUGUUUGAAAAUGCUGAACAACAAAAUGGAAGCUUGUUGGAAAAAUCUAAUGAUGAAGGACACAACAGGCUUAGUGAGGAGGACUCUAGCCUGCAGCAAUCACAAGUUCAAAGAAAUCAGGAUUUUGUUGAGCGAAAACAAAGAAUUCCACCUUCAUCAUCUUCAGAGGACCUCUUAAGCUCCAGUCCUUUGUCAGAUAAAACAGAAGAAAUGGGUCAGCUGAGAACUGGGGGGCAAGACGAGAAUGAAUUUGUUCUUUGUAACACUGUUGAUUUAGAUACUUUGAAUAGCACUAGACCACUGGGAACAGUGACAGAUGCAGAUUGUCCAUUAUCACAAUGUCCUGACCGCCAAGACAAAUCAAAGAGAACGACUACACAGAUUGAAAUGAUGGUGGGUCAAAAGGAAUUAACAGCAAGUGAGGACUCCUCAGUUUGUUUUGAGACAGAGAUCACUGAGGGUACUGACUUCAGUUCUACCUGGGUUUCUGAUGACCAGAUAAAUGACCUACAUGUACGAUAUGCAGAAAACAAGAAGACAGUUGAUACUCCUGAUAGAGACAUUUGUAAUCGGGGUUGGGGUGAAAGCUAUACAGAUCCUGAGGAUCAAGAAGGCAGUGAUGAGAACAAAUAUUAUGAACUGGAUAACAGUACUUGGGAAAUGCCUGGCUUGCCUGAAGAAGAAGAAGAAGAAAAAGAAGUGCUCCUAUCAAAUAGAAAAAUUCGAUUUAGCACAGCUCCAAUCAAGGUCUUCAAUACAUAUUCAAAUAAAGAUUAUGACAGGAGGAAUGAGGAGGUGGAUCCAGUGGCUGCCUCAGCAGAAUAUGAGCUUGAAAAGCGUGUGGAAAGGCUGGACCUUUUCCCUGUCGAGCUGGAAAAAGAUGAGGAAGGCCUUGGGAUCAGUAUCAUUGGCAUGGGAGUUGGAGCUGAUGCCGGUCUGGAAAAACUUGGCAUUUUCAUCAAAACGGUGAUAGAAGGAGGAGCAGCUCAAAGGCAUGACAGAAUCCAGGUUAAUGACCAGAUUGUGGAGGUGGAUGGAAUCAGCCUGGUGGGGGUAACACAGAACUUUGCUGCUGCUGUCCUGAGAAACACAAAAGGCACAGUGAGGUUCCUUAUUGGACGAGAAAAACCUGGACAGACCAGUGAGGUUGCUCGUUUAAUAAGCCAGACUCUGGAGCAGGAGCGACAUCAAAGAGAGCUGGUGGAGCAGCAAUAUGCGCAGUAUGAUGCAGAUGAUGAUGAGACGGGGCAAUACACCACAGAUGGUGAAGAGGAUGACACAGCCCCAGAACUCAAAGGUGCAGAAAUGGCAAUAGAAGUUUUUGACCUGCCUGAAACAGAGGACAUGUUUUCCCCAACAGAGCUGGACACCACAAAACUUUCCCAUAAAUUCAGAGAGUUACAAGUCAAGCAUGCGGUCACUGAAGCAGAAAUUCAGAAGUUGAAGCACAAGCUGCAGACUGCUGAAAGUGAGAAAGUCCGAUGGGAGUGUGAGAAGAACCAGCUGAAACAAAGCAUUGAGGACAACAAGAGUAGGAUGCUGCAGCUGGAAAAUUACUGGAUUGAGGCGCAGACUCUCUGCCACACCAUCAACGAGCAUCUCAAAGAGACCCAGAGCCAGUACCAGGCCCUGGAGAAAAAAUACAACAAAGCAAAGAAACUCAUAAAGGACUUUCAGCAAAAGGAACUAGAUUUUGUCAAACGUGAAGAAGUUGAAAGGAAGAAGUUUGAAGACACAGAGAGAGCACACCUGGUAGAGAUCAAGGGACUGCAAACUCGGAUCUCAGUUCUGGAGAUGGAACUCCUUAAACUGAUGAAGCAAAAUGUGACUCAGGUGAACAACAACAACAACACUGCAGAGAGCCAGUCCUCCCAUGGGGUUGUGAGGAGAGGUCCCUCAGAAGAAGCAAUAGAAAGCUUGGAAGGAAGGCAGAAGUCUUACCAGGCUGGCCCAAAUGGGGGUGAGUCUAAAAUGUAGAAAUGUAUUGUUUUUAGCAAACAGUUUAGGGGAAAUCCAGAAGGCUUUAAAUCUAAAGUGUGUCCAUUGUUUUCUGAAAAAAGAAAGAAAAUAAAUCAUGAAUCAUUAAAAAAAAAUGGUGCUCAGGCCACUAAAGAGCAAAUGACUUUGUGAAUUUCCACAUUUAAAUUUGAAUUGUAAAUUGCAUUGUGUUUGUGGUUGUUUCUCUUAGCUUUAACUAUACAUUAAAUUUUACUGUUGGCUUAGCUUUUUAGUAUUUAAAGGGUACAUAAGGACCUUUUUAUUUUAUUGUUACAUAACAACUGUUUCCGUAAGGUGUGUGUUUUAUUUUUUAACAUUUUGACCACUUUUUUAAAACUUUUAAAUGCAUUCCCUGUCUCAAGAUGGCUUCUCAUGUAUGCACAUGAACCUCUCAGAAAUACAUUUCUCAUCA